UCCUUUUCUCCGAGGAAACAAAAAGUCUCAUUUCUGAAAAAGGCCAAAGACACCCCCUGAAUACUUUUUCUUCUUUUGCCUGGGGCUGUUCCUCCCAAGAAAACACCAGCCAUCAUACUAAAAUUUGCUGGGGUUUUCUUCUAAAUCACCAUUUUUACAGAUUUGCUUUUUCUUCCUCUGCAUGUGAAAAAACAAACAAACCAAACAGAAGAAAGCAAAACAAAAAUGGCUUGGGAACCUAUUCUUUGGCUGAUAUUUUUAGUCAUUAAUAUAUCCCUCAUCUCAUUAAUCAUCUAUCAGAUUGUGUGUUUAACAGAUUUGGAAGCUGAUUAUAUGAACCCUUACGAGUCUUCGUCUCGUAUCAACUCUGUGGUCCUUAAAGAGUAUAUAUUACAUGGUGCAUUUUGCAUCCUAUUCCUUAUCACAGGGCACUGGUUUAUCUUCCUGCUAAUGCUUCUUCCUGCUUACUAUAAUGCCAGAAAAUUCUUAAACCGGCAGCAUCUUAUUGACGUGACUGAAGUUUUUAGGUUCAUUGAGUCUGAGAAGAAGAUUCGGAUAUUCAAGCUGGGUUUCUACUUGGUCCUCUUUGUUCUAGUGCUUGUCAGAAUAUCCAAUGGAGGGACGCAUCCUACUUUGCUAUCAGUUUUCCAGUCCAAUGAUGGAGAUUUUGAUAUUCGCUCCUCAGUUCUUGAAUUCUAGACAGUUUUUAGUCUGGUCCUAUCUUUUAUCAACGCUCUAGUCGAUGAAGAUGAUGCUAUCGAUUUUGGUUCCUUACCACUGCCCAGUUUCUUUUGAAGAUAUUUUCCAGUUUUUGGUCAAGGAGAUAGAUAGCUGAGGUCUAUCAACCAAUAUAGUCCUGGGAAACGUCUGCUUGAAUUCCGAGCUAACCUACUUACUCUAAUUUGUAUCUGCUGGUUAUUUUUGAAGAAAAAAUUGUUCAAACUAUAUCAGGGCUGACUUUUGACAGCCAUUUCGACAUUAGAUUGUUCGCUUACUCUUUUUGCCUCAGUCUGGACUCUUCUUCAGUUCGACUUUUGGUUGGGUAACUCUGGCAGUUGAAUAUCCAUAUGAGCUAUAUGUGACUUAAUUUAGAGGUUACAUUAUCUUGUAAAUGUCCUGUAGACUUUUUUCUAAUAGAAAGCCUCAUUUUGUCUCCCA